AAGCAACCCCAAUCUAGGACAAUCAAUCAAGUGGAAAGAUAAACUAUACUUACAUUGACUCAAGUUUAUAUAUAUAUAUAUAUAUUCGAAUGGACCGGGACUAUUAUCUAACGCUCCAAUAAUAUAUUAUUGUUGAGUAACCUAUCACAAUGCUCCCGGGGAUCUCUCGAUUGCCUUCACGGCUCCAGCCAUGCGGGGUGGUAUCUAACGGCUUCCUAGAUCCUCAGACCCGGGCCGUGACAUGUUCGUUACAUACUCAAAGGCGACAUGCAAUCGCUCGGGGGUGGUUAGUUGGUCCAACAUAUUGUCUCUUACGACAGCCACAGCUCUCCAGAAGCUUCUCGACGAGUCGUGACAGGGUCAGUGUUUCAAACUUGUCCCACCGGAUCUCGAAGCAGCUUCCUUAUCAACCGCCACUCAACGGGUUAACCUGUAUGGUUACAGGCGGCUCAUCCGGCAUUGGCUUUGCAAUUGCAGAACGAUUUUUACGCGAGGGAGCAGAAAAGGUGAUUCUUGUCGGGAGGAGCAAGAAAAGACUAAGGGACGCUGUUAGGGAGUUAGAAGGAGACUUCCCAUUAGCAUCCAACGACAACCUCCCGCAAAACGACAGUUGGGAUAUUCACGACACAGCAGAAAGGGCGACCCAGCCCGUCCAAAGUAUAGAAUAUGAUAACGUGAUACACGAUCAACCGCGCGAAGUCGGCAUUGCGGCUGCGAAGGACUGUGAAAUAUCUCACGUCGGUCAACACUUCACACUUGCCGUUGGGGAUGUUGGGAACCCGGCAUUCUGGGGUGAUGAGAUUAAAAAACUAAUGGACACGGUCGAUAUCCUCAUUAACGCCGCUGGAAUCUCCUAUACCUCUCUCCUCCCCCUAGCCAAGGACGAGGACAUCACUGCCAUGAUCCACACAAACCUUCAAGGUACAAUCUUCGCCUGCCGUACCAUGGCGCGACGCGCAAUGCGGUCCCAUUCCCGCCAAAAGUUCACAAAUGCCAAUGGUGAUAAUACUUCCUUCACAAAAUGCAUAAUUAACAUAUCAUCCCUCCACGCGACGAAAGGCGGCGUUGGAGCCGCGACUUACGCUUCCACGAAGGCAGGCGUGGUGGCGCUGACGCGCGCAAUUGUAGCGGAGAGCGCUGGCGCACGGCAAUGGGCAAGGUUGCGAGCCAAUGUUAUUGUGCCCGGGUAUAUCGAGACGAAGAUGGUUGAUGCGACAGUGAGUGAACAGGCUCUGCAGGCGAUUCCGCUGCAGCGUUUUGGCAGGGUGGAAGAAGUUGCCGAUGCGGCGGUUUUCCUCGUGACGAAUCAAUAUGCAAAUAACUGUGUGUUGAAUCUGGAUGGGGGGCUGAGUGCGGUGUGA